GGUCGUGUCUGAUUUCCACCAGCAGGUGGCGACACACACACUCAUGUCGGGAGCGCGUGGCCUCAGCUCAGGGGGCCACCAUCAUAUGAGAAGUGUGUGUGCGGUGUUUUAGCUUGCAUGUGGAAGAGUGCAGGAGUCAGAGAGGGGGGUGAAAGUAAAGUCCAGCUCCUAAACACAAGAGGAAGAAGAGGAGAGAGAGAGAGAGAGAGAGAGAGAGAGAGAGAGAGAGCGAGCGCAGGGCAGCAAACACGCGCGCGUAAAGAGCUCCAAAGACUUGGUGCACUUUCCAGUCCAGUGUUUGAAUCCUGAGUGUUUUUGCAGUGGAUGUACAGGCAUGUCGCCGGAGCGCGAGAGUGGAGGAAGGAGGUGGCCGAGGCGGACAGCACAGACACUGGCACCGCGAGGAUGCCAACAACAACAACAACAACAACAACAACACCGCUGCUUUCUGCACUUCAUCAUGAUUGUGCUGAGCAGCUGCAUGAUGCGCACUGCUGCCGGAGCAGAAGCUCCCUCUGAGCCGAACGUGGUGACUGCCUCCAGCUGGAAUGUUUCCAGUGAAGCACAGAAAGACCACUUCCUCAGGCUUGAUGCUCCCAUGAACAACAUCACCACGUCCCUGGGCCAGACUGCCGAGCUGCACUGCCAUGUGUCGGGAAACCCGCCGCCCACUGUGCGCUGGCUGAAGAACGACGCUCCAGUGACUCCAGAGGCGCGGCGUGUUUCCUACAAACAGACUCCAUACGGCUCUCGACUGCGCAUUCGCAACCUGGACACCACCGACACCGGCUACUUCCAGUGUGUGGCCACCAACAGCUAUGGCACUGUCUCCACCACGGGAAUCCUCUUUGUAAAAUUCGAUCCACUGCCAACCCCCCAGUCUGGAAAGCCUUCACCAGAGGACUUUGAUGAAGAAGGCUUCUGCCAGCCGUACAGAGGAAUUGCCUGUGCUCGCUUCAUCGGGAACCGGAGCAUCUUUGUUGACUCACUGCAAAUGCAGGGCGAGAUUGAAACUCAAAUAACCGCUGCCUUCACCAUGAUUGGCACAUCCAACCACCUGUCGGAUCGCUGCUCUCAGUUUGCCAUUCCCUCGCUCUGCCACUUUGCCUUCCCCACAUGUGACCGGAGCUCUGGGAUUGAUAAACCACGAGACUUGUGCAAGGAUGAGUGUGAGAUCCUGGAGAAUGACCUGUGUAAGACAGAGUACAUCAUCGCCCGCUCCAACCCAAUCAUCCUCAAACGACUCAAACUGCCCAACUGUGAGGACCUGGCCGCUUCGGACAGCCCCGAGGCAGCCAACUGCAUGAGGAUAGGCAUCCCUAUGGGCGAGUCCAUCAACAAAAAUCACAAGUGCUUCAACAGCAGCGGCUCUGAUUAUCGGGGCACCACCAGUGUGACGAGGUCAGGCCGCCAGUGCCAGCCGUGGAACUCGCAGUAUCCACACAGCCACACCUACCUAGCUGUGCGCUAUCCAGAGCUAAACGGCGGCCACUCAUACUGUCGUAACCCAGGCAACAAGCAGGAGGCUCCGUGGUGCUUCACACUGGAUGAGAGCGUUCGUAUGGAGCUGUGUGACAUCCCUGCAUGUGACCCGGAGAAGCGUGGAGGCAGUAGUAUGGAGAUUCUCUACAUCCUGGUCCCCAGUGUUGCCAUCCCUCUAGCCAUCGCCUUGCUCUUCUUUUUCAUCUGCGUGUGCCGGAAUAACCAGAAAGCCUCACGUCCACCCACCCAGCGCCAGCCCAAACCUGUACGCGGCCAGAACGUGGAGAUGUCCAUGCUGCCUGCAUACAAGCCCAAGACUAAAGCCAAAGAGCUGCCUCUGUCAGCUGUACGUUUCAUGGAGGAGCUGGGUGAGUGCACCUUCGGUAAAAUCUACAAAGGUCACUUGUACCUGCCAGGUAUGGAGCAUGCUCAGCUUGUGGCUAUCAAGACUCUGAAGGACUUCUCCAGCCCACAACAAUGGAACGAAUUCCAGCAGGAGUCUUCUGUCUUGGCAGAGCUCCACCAUCCCAACGUUGUGUGCCUUCUGGGCGUGGUGACACAGGAGCAGCCUGUGUGCAUGCUCUUCGAGUUCCUGCCACUUGGAGAUCUCCAUGAAUUCCUGGUAAUGCGCUCUCCACACUCAGAUGUAGGCUGCAGCAGUGAUGAGGACGGCACAGUUAAGUCCAGCCUGGACCAUGGAGACUUCCUGCACGUUGCAAUGCAGGUAGCAGCUGGCAUGGAAUACCUGGCCAGCCACUAUUUUGUCCACAAGGACCUGGCAGCAAGGAACAUACUUGUAGGAGAGCAGCUUCAUGUUAAAAUUUCAGACCUGGGACUGUCAAGGGAGAUCUAUGCUUCUGAUUACUAUCGUGUGCAGCCUAAAACUCUGCUUCCCAUCCGCUGGAUGCCUCCAGAAGCCAUCGCAUAUGGAAAGUUCACCACAGACUCUGACAUAUGGGCUUUCGGAGUGGUUCUUUGGGAGAUCUUCAGCUUCGGCCUUCAACCCUAUUACGGCUUCAGCAACCAGGAAGUGAUUGAGAUGGUGCGCAAGAGGCAGCUGCUGCCUUGCCCAGACGACUGCCCGCCACGCGUCUACACAUUAAUGAACGAGUGUUGGCAGGAAGGACCUGCACGGAGACCAAGGUUUAAGGACAUCCACGCUAGACUGCGUGCCUGGGAGGGCUUGUCAUCCCAUGCCAGCUCCAGCACACCAUCAGGAGGCAAUGCCACCACUCAGACCACCUCGCUCAGUGCCAGCCCUGUUAGCAACCUCAGCAGCCCACGCUACGCUGGAUACAUCUAUGGAGCUCCUCAGGGGCUACAAGCAGGUCAGAUUGCAGGUUUUGUGGCAGCACCAAUGCCGCAGAACCAACGCUUCAUCCCUGUGAAUGGAUAUGCCAUCCCUCCAGGCUACACUGCUUUCCCAGCAGCCCACUUUGCCUCAGCUCAGGCACCCACGCGAGUGCUCCAGCACUGUCCUCCCCCUAAGAGUCGCUCCCCCAGCAGCGCCAGUGGCUCCACCAGCACAGGCCAUGUUACUAGCGUGCCCUCUACAGGCUCAAACCACGAUGCAAACACGCCACUGCUUUCACACUGCGUCACUCUAGCUCCUGUGGCCACCAUGCAGGGCGGCGCGGUGUCCAUGUUUGGACACAUGGCACAAAAGGGGCUGCCGAUGGACCCGGCUCAGGCGUCUCUGUUAGCCGACUCCAACAGACUCAUGUACAGCGAAUCAGUCAUCACCGCUGACUUGUGAAUACAUCUUUCCUUUUUUGUAAAUGAUUAUAAUUAUUGAUAUUUUAAAAUGUUUUCUUUCACUGUGUAAAUACCAACUAGCCAGAAUGGAAUGUAAAAGAUUUAUAUUCUAUGUUUUUAUAUGAAAAAUGCAAGAAAAGAAUAAAGGAAAGCUUCAUCUCCUUUUACUGAUGAUAUCAGUAUGAUACCUGAAGAAGACUUUGGGACACUGAUUUUAUGCCGCUCGCUUUUUUCCAGCAGCAGUGAGCUUGCUGUAAAGGAAUCCUCAACUUGAUCACAGCCCUGAAAUACAGUGGUCAUGAAAUCAUGCCUUUUCACUAACUUCUGCCUCAAAACCAUUUUCGAUGGACUUUGGCUUGAGCUCAAGUCUCACUCUCUUUUCUCAAAGUCAUCAUUCUGACAGUUUGGUUUAGUUUUAGUAUUGACUAUUGAAGGUUGAUCUACCAAUUACUGCCUUUUUAAGUUAUGAUUUCAACUCUACACUGCCUUUUCAGGUGGUUUUAAAUCUUACCAAAUUCUAGUGAAUUCAAUCAAUGCAGCUAUACAUAUUCAUUGUAUAGACUAAAAGCCUUUUAUGCCUGACCUCUGGUAAAGCUUAUCUCAGUAUUUCUUGUCAUAAACUGGAGAGUGCUAAGGCCCUAAGGCCAAAAUUAAGACAAAGAUAUUACAUUUAUAGUGUGUCCAUGUUUUAUGAGAAAAAGAAGGUUUAUGACAAAAGGUGCUUCACAUUGGCUUAAUAAUCAACAUUAAGAUGUCUCACAGUACUUAGUAAGCAUUUUUCAAGUCAGUAAUCAUAAUUUUAGCAGGAAGAACAAAUUGCCACUCACUGAAUGAUACUAGUUGUAAUCUUAGCAUUGUCGGCUAUACAUUUAUAUUGCAUUUAUAUUUACAUUAAAUUAUUUGGCAGACACUUUUAUCCAAAGCGACUUACAGUUUAUCUGAGCAGAUGAAGGUUAAGGGCUUUGCUCAGUGGCAGCUUGGUAAUAUUAUCCAAAAUCACAAAAUUCUGAUCAUUAAUCCAGAUCCGUGACCACUGAGUCCCCACUGCACCAGAGCAAUAUCGUUGAACACAGCUAGGCUAUCUAUCUUCUGAGUGGCCUGGAAUGCUCUCAACCUAUCUGUGUGCUGGCUGGCCCACCAGGCUCUCUAUCUGACUAUUGUUGUCAUUGAUCAGCUGAGCUACCUAUCUGUCUAGCUGUCUUACUGGGCAGCCAGUUGUGCUGUCUGUCUAUGUAACUGACCAACCAUGUACUCUGUCUACCUGUACCCUAAUUGGCUGGCUGACCCAUCUCUAUUUUCCCUUUCCUGAAGUUAAUAAAACAGAUUGUAUCUUUACCAAGAAACGACAAAUCGCUCUGCCCUGAAGACUUUCCCCUGAUGGAAAACUUUACCUCUGUCUGAACAGCUUUACCUCUGAUCGUUACAAAGCACUGACAUAUGAGACUCCUUCCAAAAAUACUAAAUCAGCGUCUCCUAACAGAAAAAAUUCACCACAUCAACAAUUACAGGUUUUACAAAUCUUCUAAUUUGGAACAUCUGCCAUGCAAGUCCCUGUUAGUUGUUACUGUAGAAACCAUGAUGAAAAUUAAAAUACAUUAAAAUAAAUUUGUAAUUUGUCUUACAGUGGAAACUUUUGUCGUAUAGAAAAUUUAUCAACACCUUCUGACCAGUCAGAUUUGAGAAUUCAACGGCGCCACAGUAUAAGCAAAAUUGAACUCCAUCAUAAUGUAUUUGUCUUAUGAAAGCUGGCUAUUGUGUAUAUGCACAGGGAUCACAGGGGCUCAGAGUUUUCUUACUGUAGAAGUGAAGUGAAUGCAUUUUCUCUCUUCUUCUUCUUUCCUCAUAUUAUUGACAAAUCCUGUAUCUGCCAGCUAGUAUUAUCAUGUUCUUAAUUCCUUUGUGCGUCGACUUGUCUAGACUGGACUGGGACCUUCACCUUAGAGGUCGCAGGGAUUAGCUGCACUGUCUAGUCACUAGCUCUUUUCUUAUGUUUAUUUUAGUUAGUUGCUAUGCAACUAUCAAUUGCAGAUGUGCACCAGGGUUCAGGCUGUCAUUCAGGGUACAGUUAAAAGGUUACACAUACAAAGCUAGAACAAUCUUCUCCGCAAAUGCCUUUUUGCCUGUGUCAUGACAUGUUAUGGCAUAUUAUGAACGAACAUCACCUUGCUAUGCAUGUAGUAACUGAUAUUUGAAUUAAUAGUUUAUUUUUGAAUCAAUGGUUUAUUUUUGUACGUUUUGUAACAGCAAUAUUGCAAUAUUCUUGUACCUCUAACCAUACUGAGACUCUUAGUGAUCAUGAUUAUGGUAUGAGCUCAUGUUUGUAACAUGUGGACAAAUCACAUAACUGUUCUUUCUAAGUGUCUUCAAACAUUUGCCUCCAGGAAUAUCGGAGGUCUUAUACAGCUGUUUGAUUUGUAACCAUGAUCGCUUGUGCGACAAGUCAAAAACCACUUAAUACUGAAGACUGUGAAUCAUUUUUUGUCUCUCCGUAAAGGGGCGCCAUUAAGGACACAGUAAAUACAUGUUAAACGUUUACACUCUUUAUAUGUCAACUUAUGUGGCCUUGAUUUUCUUUUUUUUGUUAUUGUGAGAAAAGAUUUUUGCACAAAUAGUUUGUAUGGCAAAAUUGCUAUUAAACAACUGUUUUUUGUCA